CAGCGAGGACCAAUAGUUCGAGAGAAGCGGUGUGAAGUGCAGGAAGUGAGCGGUUUCGUGACAGCUGUUUCGCUGGACGUAGUGUUCUGUGCCUUGCUUAGUUUGCAGUAACUAGCCUUAAUUUGUUUUCUACACAAAAGUGCAUUACUGUGGUAUCAUCGCUUAUGAUGAUGUGAGUUGCUGUUACGCAGGAGAAUAAGAUGUCACGUGUUUCGUAUGGAAUGCAAACCUUUGAGACAUAUGACCCUACGCGGGGUUAACCACUGGGAAUCACCAAUAUCCGGACAAAGAAGCGCAUUCCGGAUUGUUAAUUUAUGAAAAUAAAUUUACAAAGGAUUUGUGUAUACUUCGCCGAGCAGGAUUGCUAAACAACAGUGGGUCUGGAUGCGACGUGUUGUGUGUGCGAAUUGUAAGUCAUCGUAAUCUUUCUGCAAAAGACUGAAGAAAUUUCCCCUCCAUCAACCCAGAACCAUAUCGCAGUUUUCGGCGGGUGGAGCAUAGUCAAGCAAGAACGUCAUCAUUAUGGGAUCCAAGAGGAUGGGCACGUGAUAUGAUCUCCACACUGGAAGUCAUAUUGUAGCAGAUACAGUUUAACUAUAAGUCAUAAAACAAUAUGCCGGGGAGCAUGCGUCGGUUUUCGGGGACAAUGGAAAACCCGCCACUGCGCCGGGACGCCACUGACAGACGGCACAGCAACGCGUCCGACACUUCCCUACCAGACACGAGCCACAUCCGUCAGGUCUCACAGGAAAAUACUGAAUAUAUCCCUACACGAAUUACCAAAGUGACUGCCCCAAAGCCAGCUGCAAAUCCACUCCAGUUUAUUAAAGUGGGACCAGCUAGUUUGUACAAAUCAGCUCAAGAACAGCUCAAAAAAGUAGAGGAAAUUAAAAAGGUCACAAAAGAAGUUCGAGAUGAAGCAGAAGACUGGCAAUCUAAUUUAGAUAACUGGAAGAGCAGUCGUCGGAAGCGACAAGAACACAUUAUUGAGCGAGUAGUGGAAGUAAAGAAGUUUGAAAUGGAGGACUAUGACCGAAACCGAAGACGAAGUAAAACGUUUAAUGAGAUGAUGGAGGAACGGAAUUCCCGUGGACGAAAGUCAAGCUUGGUGAUGUACAAAGAUGAAGAUGUAAAUGAUCUUAGUGAUUUGGGUAUUGGAGCAAGUGGCAAAAGCAGCAUGAGUGAAGAUUAUAAGCAUGACAUCCGUCAAAAUAAUGAGGAAGGAGAAACAGACAGACAUCUUCAUGUGAAUCAGAAUGGAAAAGAGAGAAAAAAUGGUCACCAUGAUGAUGCUUCUUCGGUAACAACAGUUUCAUCUCCAGAACCUGAAGAAUAUACAUAUGAAAGGGCAAUCCAGGGCUAUGUUAACUUUGCAGAAACAAGAGUGAAAUCAAGGACGGCUGUGACAAGCAGUAAUCUGAACAGCAGCAGAGACCAACGUGAAAAGUCACAAACCUCAGAAUCAAGCACUGAAAAAAUUUCUAAUGGACAUCAUGGGAAGGGUUUGUCAUCCCCUCCACAUACGCCACGAAGACAGUCUGGAGCAAAGAUUGAGGAAAAACUGUCAGCAUUGGAGAAAAGGAGAUGCAGUUCCACAGAAUUAAACAACAGUUUAAAUAAUGACAAAAAGAUGCCUAUGGCAAAAGGAGAUGUACUUAAGAGAAGGGAGAUGUUUGAGAGAGCUUGUGAGCUCAGUGAGCAGAUAUCAAAACCAGCUAGGAGACUUUCUGAAGACAACCAAGGGAGGCUGCCACAUCACACAAACAAGGCUGAAACUGCGUCUCUUGUUAAAGAUAAGGUCUUACUGAAAUCAUCAGAAAAUAUUAAUGGAAAGGAUUCAACACAAUUGAGACACAGGUUUUCAAACGGUGAUCUGUCUUCUACAUUGUCUGUGCAAGAAAGGUUGUCACAGCUGGAGAAACGAGGAAUAGAGAAGGAUCAGAUGUCGAAUGAUCUCACACAGUCAGUCAGUGAACGACUGUCAAAUCUUGACUCUGCAUACAACAACAAUGAUAACAGAAACAUUACACCAGACAGAGAUCCCGACUUACAGACAAUGCUGGCAAGUUUCCAUGGUACGGAAGAAAAAGUUUUUAACGGUACUGAUAGUAUUAAAGGCCCUGGGGUUGGAUCUGAGAGGUCAUCAAGUCCAGAAGAAGAUGUUAUUUAUGAAACCAAGAGACAGCAGUUUCAUCGAUCGUUAGACAGUUUGGAUGUUGAAGGUUCAAGUGACAUUUGCAAUGAUUCCUUUGAGAGAGUUCAGAGCCUUGAGGAUCUAGAUUGCUGCAGUCAUGCAAGAAAUUACCCUGCAUCUUCCACUGAAAUGCUAGUUUUCUCAUCUCAGAGUGGUGAUACAGAUAGAGAUGAUAGUGGCAUUCACACAGCUGAUGUGUCAUGCUCAGUCAGCCAGGCUGAUGAACCAGUAGAUGAUGGAGAAAUCAUAGUUGCCAUUAAUAGUAUAGUCCCACAUCUUGAAACCAACAGUGGAUUGGAUGUGUACCAUCUUGAAGUUGAGAUUGUGAAUCAGAAACAUUUGGGAAGCAGAAUAGAUGACCAGAAGUUCCAUGUUACGGAGCCAUCAGACAGUGUGGCUGCAGAACCGGUAGAAACGGCCACAGCAUUCUUGGACGUGAAAGGCAAUUUGGAAUCACCACCACCUGAGGUGGCAGAAGUGGACGUGCCAAAAGUGCCACAGAACAAAAACAAUUCUGUAAGUCCUCAGCAUGACCAUGCAUCUUCAUCAACCUCAUUAAUGAUGCCCAUGGAAGAACAUGAAAAUGCAGUUGAUAUCAAAAUCCCUGUAUGUUCAAAGCAUGCUGGUGACAACAUUACCAAUGCUAACUAUUCCUCAGUGGUGGUGGAAGUUCCUUUGGAUCAUUCAGACACUGUUAAUGAAUUUUUACCUUUAGGCAAUGAAAAUACAGUAGACUUCAGUAAUACAUUUACAAAUGUAGCAGAAAUAGUUGAGAAUAUUUUUGACACAAGGGAUCAGUCUUGUAUACAGAAUAACAAUACAGCACUAACCUCUCAUCGUACUGACCCACCUCGGUUACCAGAGCAAAUGUAUGAGGCAGUGGAAACAAAUACUAAUGACUCUUGCAUUCCAGCUGUGAUAUUAGAUACUACUGAACAUUUUCCCAGAUACCUUCCUUUAGAAAAAGCUUCCUCUACACAUACAGCUUGCAUGCAAAACAGAGAUCCUGUUCCUUGCCAGGAAAAGGCUUCGGUGGCAGAUAAAAGGAAAACAGUGGUGGAAGUGUGUGAGAAGAUCCGUGUUGAUGGAGGUGGUACAAGUGGAACUGUGAAGUCCCCGCCCCCAACCCCAUACAUCGAAGUACCUAACACAUGGGUUAUGCCCUUCCAGGAACCUGAACAGGUGACAGAAGAGAUGAUAUUGCUGAAUAGUGGGGCAGGAUCUGAAGGACAUCAUGUGUACAGUGAAAAGUAUGACGCUCAGCAGAAACCAAGUGACACCAGUGAACUGAAUUUAAAUGUAGAAACUGUAACACACAAAGAAAAUUCAGUUCUCAAGAGUUGUAAUGCCAUUCAGCAGUUGCCUUCUUCAGAAAAUUUUGCUCAAAGUGUGCCUUCUGAUAUGAAGGAAGAGGAGAAAUCAUCACCUAUCAUGGGCAGUUUACUCAGGAAUCAUACCGAAGAUGUUUUCUUGCCCUUAACUACAAUUCAGAUCCCACCUCUGAACCUUUCAAGUGAUGAGAUUGUGUCAGGACUUGAAUUCCCUCUGGGACCUCCAACAAGUGCAGAACCUCCCAAAGAGAAACCUCCACCACCACCGACAGAACUCAGUGAUGAAGAAAUGCCUCCAGUAACAUCCCUAAAACGGCUCGAUUCAACAAAACGUAUCAGAAAGGAGAUAUGGAGGAAGCGUUCAGAUUUUCUCGGUAUUGAAGGCAGCAAUGACGAUAGCUACUUAGAACCAGAGUUGAAAGUGGCUCCACCACCAGACAUGACUACAUUUCUUGUAGAAGAGAGAAGAUCAGAACAGCAGCUAUAUCGUCAGUCCAUCUGUUCUGAGACAGACUCAAACCAUGGAGAAACAACAGACAGUCGAGAUUCAGGAGUUGAGUUAGACAGAGCACACUCAGAUGACUGGCCUGGAAAACUGUACUCGACACCAGAUGAUUUGUCAGCCCAACACAGCAGACAAAACAGUGAUAUUUAUGGUACUGCCAGCAUAACAUCAGAAGAAGAUGAAAUGAUGAAGAAAGAAAGAGAAAUCAUAGAAAUUCUUGAGAAAGAAGAACGAUGGAGGUACAGCAAUAACACAACCUCUGAAGGAAAGGAUAUUGGUGAAAAGCUUGCUGUAAAACUUCACCAGUUGGAGCAAGAAAAGAUGAGGCUUGAAUGGGAGAGAUCAGAGGAAGAAAACAAGAGACAGAUGAAAGAAACUGCCUGCCGUGAAGAAGAUCUGCGACUUCGAGCCAAAGAACAGGAAUUGAAACAGCAAGAGAGCAUAGUUGCUAGUCCCAAGAAGAGGCCUUCUAUCACAGGGAAAGAAGAACGUGUUACCUCAGCCUCAGGGGAGGCUUUGAGAGCAGAACGGGAAAGAUUACAGAGAGAAAAUGAAGAAUUGCAGAGACAAAAAGAGACAUUACAACUCCGUGAAAGUCAGCAACUUCGGCAUAGUCAGUCACAGAUGCAACAACACUGGGGAAACACAGCUACUCUGCCACAUCAACAGUGGAGUGGCAAAACUACAGGCUUGCUCCCAACACACUUGUCCCUUCAAGACAUAUCUAUGGCUCCGACAGGAAACAUCAACUCAUAUCACCCUCCAACAUCUCCCAUGGCCCAAUCAUCUGCUCCUCUCAACUACAGACUCUCUUUGCCAGAUCUGCAACAGGAGGAGCAAUUGCAGGGUCAACAACUGCCUACUAGGCCAAGUUCCAUGGUGUCUACCCAAGUUCGUCGACCUCCACCCCCAAUCCCUCCAGCAAAGCCUCUCCGAGCUCUUAGCCAGGAACAGAAGGAGAGAGAAAACAGUAUCAGAAACAGUCGCAUGCCAUCAGCAGACUCCAUUCCACAAAAAGUGGAAUCAACCCAUGUCCACCAUAAUUCUCAUGUAGGGGCCCAGCCAAUAAGCAGGCAGACCCUUCAAGCUCUAAGUGCUGUUCCAAGAUCGCGUUUCAUAUCAAAUGAUAUGUGGAUGCAGGCAAAAAAGAAACCUGAGAACCAGCGCAGUGGAGGACGAGAGCCUACUUACAAUUAUCAACAUUGGCUAAUACAGGAAGCUGAACAUCGCCGUAUAACUGAACAACAACAGAGGACUGCUGCAUUACCUAGGAAACCCUCUCCCCCUCAUUUGUAUCCUCAUACAGCUGCAUCAUGGAGUGCACCCCAACCUCAACCACGACAGGAGAAACCCUUACCAGAUGCCAUCAUCCACACACUGACACAGAGAGUUCAGAACAGGGUUGGAAUGCUUGAAAGUAAGAGCUCAGCCUCCAGUAGGAGAAGAAUUGAAGAUAACUCCUGCAGAGAUUCACAGCCCCAGGCUCCAGCCAUUGGACACAUGCCAAAUAAUGGUUCAACUCCAAGUAGCAACGUUGGUGAUUCUCAAGAGAAAAUGUUGAGUGUCAGCGGUAAAAAGAAAUGCUCACAUUGUGGUGAAGAGUUGGGUCGUGGUGCAGCAAUGAUCAUUGAAAGUCUGAGGCUGUUUUACCACAUUGACUGCUUCAAAUGCUGUGUUUGUCAUGUUCAGUUGGGUGAUGGACUUAUGGGAACUGAUGUUCGAGUUAGAAACAACAAACUGCAUUGUCAUAAUUGUUACUCUAGCGAUGAUGGAGUGAAAUUCAGUUGUGUGUAACCUGUUUAAGAUGGAAGAUAAUUUAUACAGCAACACAUUAUAAUGCCCUUGUAUUAUCAAGCAAGUGACAAUAAAAUGUAUACUUACAGUGAAUAGAGCCAGCUUUACUUGGAAAAUAAUUAAUGUAAACAGGUGAAGCAGUGUAAUAUAAUGUAACAGUAGAUUACAGAAUAAUGUACAAUUCACAGUUAGCAUGUACAAAAUAUUUUAUAAGCUUAAGUGGAUCAAACUGUGUAGUUCAGUUUGUGACUUUGUACUCUGGAAAGAUGUCAGUAUUUGAAAUGUUGGCCCAUGGAAAUUAGGAGAGCUGUAAUUUUUACCAAAGGAGAAGAGGGCAGCUGUAGAGGAUAGACAGAAGUACAUUGUAUAUUAUGGGCAAUAUAGGAUCACAGAAACUGUGAUUCAUAUUGUUGUCUUUGUAAUAUUGUAAGAAGUUGCUAGAACAUAAUACAGUAUAUGGUACAAUGACUGCAACAGCUGCAUUCAGAUUUACAUUUUAGCAAUGUCCCAUUAAAUAGUUUACUUGUACACCCUUUUAAAACUCGUGUGAAAUUAUUUGGUCAUAAAAUAAGUAAAUUUACACUCUGUUCUUUACAGGAUAAAAGCAAGACAUUGUAUUACAUAAUCAAACCACCAUAAGUGGUAGCAUUGUGUGUUUAGAAUUAGCAUGUCUUUCAGCAUUAUGAAUAAUUGUCUGUUUAUUUACAUGAAAAAUAUAUUAUCAUUUAGAUUUUAGUGUAAGCUUUGUAGAAUAUAUGACCAUACAGAUUGUACAUCAUUCAUACAAUAAACUCGCAUCACAAAAGAAAUGUCAGUCUGCAGAGUAUAAGAACUCACUGUUUAGUUUUAACAUGCCAUGAUAGAUCUGUGGAGGAAACAUCUGUAAUUUGUUACAAAUGCACUGCCUGUAGUAAGAUAAAAGAAGUGACUGAAAGGAACAUGUAUAGAAACAGUUUUGAGAUAAAAGAGUGAUUAUCAUACAAUUUUUACAUUCUUAAAUACUUACUGCCUUUCACCAUGUUACCAUUUACAGAACUUCCAUGAGGCACAUACAGUUGUAAACAUAAAAAGGCACUAAAAAAUUAGAUUUCUGUACAGAAAAAUUAAGUUAAAUUUUUAAAAUCUGUAGGGCUAUGGCUAAGUUUGAUACAAAUGUAGCAGUAUGAAAAGAUAUAGCCAUUGUGCAAAUAAGUAAUGUAAUUAAUUUGGCAAUCAGUACAUUCAAUAGCUUAAAUGUAACAGUAAAUUAACAUAUGUAUCACAAGUUAUAUAAAAACAGUACCACAUAUUAUGGCACCGUUUCAUAUUGUAACUAAUUUUGAGCCUCUAUUGUAGUUAUGGAUUCGUAAUAUAAUUUGAAUAUGUCAGCAAUAUGUUCUAAUUCAAAUUUAAUGUUUUUUUUUGUGCAAAUUUAGCAAGUAUCAUGAUUUCAAUGUUUGGUGAAGUCUUAUUAUUAGUUCCAAAUGUGAACUUCACUAUGUAAUAUCUACGUAAUAUGUUUAAUCUUCAUGCCUGUCACCAGAAGAUUCGUAUGCUGAAUUUGGUAGUGCUUGUAGUUUCUUUUCUCUCUAAUAUGGAGGGUUGCACUCUUUGGCAAUUUGUACAUUUGUAUUAUAAGUACGUUAUGUUGUAUUUACACAGCUUAUAUUCUAUAAAGAUGUAAUCCAAAACACCUACUACAUGAAAUAAAUUUAAAAACAGGAAAGGGAGAUGUUGUAUAAAUUUGAAAUAAAUAUGGCAUGUUUUA